UUGUGUGUUUAUCUUGGCUCAUUAAGGUGAUGAGCAUAUUGACAUCAUCAAAAGAACUUACAAAUCUUAUAAAGGAUAUUGACACUGUCUUUCAUUCCAGACAAUCUGAAUCAAGCAAAUUGAUGCUUAACAGUUUGUCUAGAUUUGUUCCAUCUAUUCGUGAACAGUUGCAGGACUGGGAGGAUGGGUUAUGUGAGAAUGAUGCUGAUGGAUCUUUCUUGCAUCAAAAUUGGAAUAAAGAUUUGCAACUGUUUAAUGAUGGAGAAGAUGGCGGACAACAACUAUUUCAGUUGUUUAUUUUGCGUGCAGAAGCUGAGUUUCAAGCCACAUCUGGAAAGAAUCUUGUGCAGAACCUUCGAUCUAUAGAUGCACUUAGAGCACAACUGAGCUGUUUCUUUGGUGGCCAUACUAUAAAGCCAAUUUCAUUUUCACCUGAGACAGUUGAAUGCCCGAAAUCACGGAAUGAAAUAUUCAAGCCCAGAAGAGUUGGCAAUCGAGCAAUGUUAGAUGUCAAAUACAAGGGGGAUUGGAUGAAGCGCCCCAUCUCUGAGGACGAGGUGGCAUGGCUGGUCAAGCUGCUUGUCCUGUUUUCAGUUUGGCUGAAUGAAAGUCUUGGGCUAAACAAAGUGGAGGAAGAUGAUGUGAGCUCAAAGUUAUCUUAUGUGCAGGUGUCAGAAGGUGUAGAAAAUGUGACUGGACCGGCAGAAGCAGUGAAGGUAGUAGUACGAGCUGUCGUAUCUUGGGUUCUUAUGUUGGGUACAACUGUAGUUAGGUUAAUGAGAAGGCAUGGUUUGAGGCUAAAUCUUCGGGUUUUGGCAUCAAAGAAGUUGGUGAUGGUUUUCCUGAUGGUUUCUGUAUUUAGUAUAGUGAAGAGAGCAUUUGGCUGUUUCAUAACAUGUUAGAUCAGUUUUAGUACUGGUGAAUGAUACAGGGGAAAGAUGGUAUAGAAGAUGCAUAGGUUUUCUUUUUCUUUUUUUUUUUUUUUCCAAGAAAAGUUUGGUUAUAGGGUUUGCUGCGUUUACUUCUGUUGCCUUCUUGUAACUAAGUCCGGUAUUUGCAGCUUUAGAAGGAAGCAUACAGGUGAUUUUGCGUCA